AUGAUUUCUUGUGUGGCCCCCAGUUGGCGCAGGACACCUGAUCGCCUGGAGGCUGUGAGUCAAUCAGGCCCUGAAGUUGGUAGUUCUCGCAUAUGGAGCCGUGUGCUGGAUCGUGUUUUUGAUAACUCAGACAGGCGUCAAUAUGGAAUGGGGAUAAUGGGACGUCUCUUUGGGCGGAGAGCUCAUCAUUCAGUUGUUGGGUACCCUGCAGCAAAGGAACAGUUGGAUGAUCUGGACCAUCGGCCAUUCUUUACAUAUUGGGUGACAACAGUGCAAGUUCUUAUUCUUAUCAUAUCACUUGCCUGUUAUGGAUUGGGACCUUUUGGGAUAGAUAUGAAACCUCAUUCAGGCCAGGUCUUGGUGACCAGUUUGUCUUUACAGCAAGUGGACUACCUUGAACCUGCGAAUUUUUGGCUUGGACCAAGAGCAGCUGAUCUGAUACAUCUAGGAGCAAAGUUUGCUCCUUGUAUGCGAAAAGAUGCAAAGAUUAUAAAAGAAAUUGAGAAGGGAAGGGAAAAAGAACGAGAAACAGCGUGCUGUAUCAGGAAUGAUGAUUCAGGCUGUGUGCAGUCUUCUCAGGCAGAUUGUUCAAAUACAAUAUCAACAUGGAAAAAAUGGACUACCAGAGAUGCAGGUCCGGGAGGAAGAAUUUCAGGAUCCGUUUGUGGCCUUGACCCAAAGUUCUGUGAAGCUCCUGCAUCAGUAGCACCAUAUGAAUGGCCAGAUGACAUUACUAAAUGGCCAAUUUGUCGAAAAACAAAUUCCUUUCCCCAACGUUUUCGGUACAAGGACAAAACAGCUGAACAUAUGGUGUGUGAAGUGAUUGGUCACCCGUGUUGCAUUGGCAUCCAUGGCAUGUGUCGCAUUACGACUAAAGAGUACUGUGAUUUCGUUCGUGGCUACUUCCAUGAAGAGGCUUCCCUAUGCUCUCAGGUAUCAUGUCUGGAUGAUGUGUGUGGAAUGAUUCCCUUUUAUGCUCCUGAAGUUCCUGAUCAGUUCUAUCGGUUGUGGACAUCCUUAUUUCUUCAUGCAGGUCUUCUACAUUUGGCUAUUACAUUAGUUAUCCAAUUUUUUCUUAUGCGAGAUUUGGAAAAACUGACAGGUUCAUUGAGGAUUGCAAUUAUCUACAUGGGAUCAGGUGUUGCUGGCAAUCUAGCCAGUGCUAUAUUUGUCCCAUACAGAGCAGAGGUUGGACCUGCUGGAGCUCACUUUGGUCUUCUGGCCUGUUUGUUCGUAGAAGUGUUAAACAUAUGGCCCAUGCUUCGGCAUCCAGAUCACGCUCUCCUUAAACUCAUUGCCAUUACUCUUGUAUUGUUUUUAUUUGGUUUAUUACCAUGGGUUGAUAACUACGCCCAUCUCUUUGGUUUCAUAUUCGGAUUUCUUCUCUCAUAUGCUUUUAUGCCAUUUGUUUCAUUUGGUGAAUACGAUCGCCACAAAAAGAUCGCUCUAAUAUGGGUGUGCUGUCUGUCUUCUUUGUUUCUAUUUGCUGCAUUAGUUAUUCUCUUUUAUGUGAUUCCUGUGUAUGACUGUGAAAUUUGUACAUAUUUUAAUUGUCUGCCACUAACUCGAGACUUUUGUGCCAGUCAAAACAUCAAUUUCAAACGUGAAGAUCCUGUAGUAUGACGAAUGUGGGUACGGUUGGCUGGAACCGUAAACAUAUGUCUCAAGUUCUGCUUGGGUCAUAUCUGGACAAACAUGAGAGUUGUUGCCAGCAAGUGUAUGUGGACAUUUAGACACACCAAGAAAUUUUCAACCACACAGAAACUGCAAGUAUUGUUGACCAACAAUAUGAUUUUUCAUUGUGGAUACCAAAAACUUUCAUGCUUCAAGGCGAAUUAUGAAGCAACUUUACCAUGUGUAAUCAGAUACAAAUGAACUUGUAUUUAGGAAUAUGUUACAAUGGUUUUGUUUUUCUUUUGUAUGAGUACUGCAGGAAUGAAUAAUCGUGAAGCUAAAAGUUAGCUAAAUACGAAAACAAUAUAUUGAAAUAUCUGUUUUCCUUCCAAUUUGAUUUGAUCAAGACUGAUCCUAAGAACUGUCAAAAAUAAUGAUUAUUGUUGACUUUUAUGAUUAUUUUCAUGCUCUACUCUUGAAGAUGGCAUUCAAUAAAACAAUAAUAGUUGUAUAUGUGACAGUUCUAUUUGUAUGCUAACAUGAUACAAAAUAAUCCAUAUUGCACAAUAAGUAUGGCAAAAUAUGCAUUAGAAAGACUGUGAAUAACAGAAGCAAAACUUAUGGUGUCGUACUUUACCCAAGAAAAUGAAACAGGGAAAUGUACCAUUCAAUUAAUAAAUAAAAUGUGUGUCCUACCACAUUUAGUUUUAACGUCUCCUUACUCGUUGAAUUUACAAUCAGUGUCAAUGAAAAAGGAUAAACUAUCAAGAAUGUGUGAGUGAUGAAGCUUUCACCAUUGAUGUUAAUUUUUAAAUAUACUUUUGGAUGGAAUUAAAGAUGAAAUAUUUGCAAAAACUGAGAACGUGCCAAUUUUCAUAUUAAAAUAAAAUGAAAAAAAUUCAUGUUGUCUUGUAUGAAGUCUGAUGCAAACUAUAUAGUAUUAUACAAAUUGAUUGUUUUUGUUGUGAGUUUUCAAGAGACAAUGUGACAUGAGGUAUAAACUGUUGUAUGAUCGCAUCUGUUAUAGUGAUUGUGUCUGUUGCCUCGAGAAGAGGAAGAAUCUGUGUAAAGCAGGCAUUCAUGACACUUGAUAUCUGAUUAUCAUUAUGUAAUGUGCAUCAUUAAUAUGUUAACAAACGUACUCAUGACCAAUUUUAUUCUAGAGUAUGCAAAAAGAGCAGAAAACCAAUAAUUCUUGACUUAUGAAUUAUAUCAUAAAACUUAAAAAUUAAAACAAAAUCACAACAAGAACAGAAAAUCUGGUUUGAUUUCUCUUAUACCCUAGAUCUGGAAUAUAAUUAUCACAAAUUAAAUUAUUUUUGAACUGUAACUUUGAUUUAAUGAACAAUGCUAAUUUAUUUAUUUUAAUUCAGAAAAUAUGAUGGCUCUUCAAUUGAUUUCUUUGAAACAGAAGAAUAAACUAUGAGUCCUUUUGAUUAUUUAUUUAUUCAAAAUUAUCCAAUAGAUAAAUUUUAGUAUUUUUUCUUCGGCAGCGUUAUCAAGGGUUCUUAUUGAAAAUGUUAAAUCCAAGAAAAUAUAUAUCAGUAUAAAAUAUUUGAUAUGAAAGUUAUAUUUCAUAUGCAUUAAUAGUGUAAAUAACCAAUUGAAGAGUCUCGUAUUUACCUCAUCCUUCUUCCUUACAUUUCUGCAUUGGUUUCUAAAACUGAAAAUUUUUAUGACAGUAAAACCAUACAGUUCCAAGACCUUUGGCAAAUUAUCUUUUUAUCUCAUGACUUCCAUUGAAGGAAGAUAUUUGAGAAUAUCAUUCAUUACAUUUAUAUAAUACCUAUCAGAAUGUUUAUCAUCAACAAAUGGUAUUAACCAUGUGCUCUUUCAACAUUCCUCAGUGCACUGUAUGAAGUUUAUUUUAAAAAUGUUACCCGUUCAGUGCUUAAUAUGCACCAAAUGAAAGGAGUUGAAAGUUUGGAACUUGUAUAAAGGAAAGGAAGGAGUGAUAUCAUACUGCAUUGUGAUGUUUCCCAACUUGACAACUUGUGUGAUGCUUUUAAAAAAUCUUGUGAUAACUUCUUUUCAUAUUUAUUCACUACAAAACAAGUAGAAAGUGAUCAAUGAUGCAUUUCAUUGCACAGGUGAGUUGUGAGCAUGGGUGUAUGAAAGAAAAUUCUCCAUGUGUUUUAAAUGAAUUGUAUACAUGUGAAUCAGUGAAUGCAAUAAGGUAUUUCAUGAAAAUAUCAGUGAUGAAUGUGAAAUAUGCCUUGCUAUUAAAAUUAGCAAGUAUUGCAUUGUGAACAGAUAUAAUUUAUACUUCAAGACCAAUAUGAACCUAAAUAUAUCCUGAAUGUAACAUGAUAAUUGUGCUGAUUGAAUUCCUCAUAUUCUUUCAACUUUCACACCAAUAAC